GUGUACUGUGAACUUAUUGUAGGCUACACCCACACUGCGCCGGUAUCUGUUAUAUCUAUUAUACUAGACGUGUUGUCUAGUCCCGAAACAUCCGGGUCCCGAAGCAGGACUCUUCGGCACCAAGACGUUUCGGCACUUUAUUAUUAAGACGUUUCGGCACCAAGAUGUUUCGGUACCACGACGUUUCGGCACUUACUUUAAGAUGUUUCGGCACCAACAAUUAUUUUUUAUUUGGCACUGAUUUAUAAUUGAUUUGAUAAUACAUUAUUUUAUUUUAAUCUGAAUUUUAUAUUAUACAUUAAUUUGCUAUUAUAUACAAACUUCGGAUAAUUGAAAAUCUUUGGGGGGGGGGGGGGGGUGUAUAACAAAGCAAUUUAAAUGGGCCCUCCGUUGAAUGUGUAAAUUGUAAAAACAACAACACCCAUAUCCUUCUCCCUAUUCAGUGACUAGGUGCUAAUUAGGAGGAGAUAAUGAAGAGUCCCGGUACACAAUGAGGGCUUCACAUCUCAUUUCUGAAGAGAAAACCAACGAUGUCAGACAAAUGCAUUGCAUGCAAUAAGAGUGUUCGCCCCAGACAAGAGGCCAUCCAGUGUGAAGGAUGUGAACUAUGGCAACACAGAGCAUGUAAUACUGGAAUCACCCGUGACCAGUAUAGACGAAUAGGGAAACUGCCAGAAGACCUCCAGUGGGUUUGCGCCCGGUGCUUGGAAAAUCCUACUGAUACAGAAGAGUCUGUAGCUGCAGCUGAUGCCACAUUUCACGUGUCAAUAGCCUCCCUUGGUUCAUCAGUUGCUGAACCCGAUGAUGAAGAUGAACAGGAGGAUGAAUCUACAGGAGAACAAACAAUGAUCUAGAAGGUUGGCACAACCGAAUCAACUCUAGAAUGAACUCCAGAGGACGAGUCCCAUUUUAUCUCCUAUUACAAGAACUGUACACGGGGGUCACUGCCAUCCCCAUGCAGGCCAGGCUGCUGACGGAAGGGAAGAUGGAGAGACUACACAGGAAACAGUCCUCCAGACUCAACGGUAAACUAUUCCAACUUUGGGAGGAAUACAAUGCCAGACAGAUCAGCACCACCCAGCU